AAUGAAGAUUAAUACUAUUUGGGAUAUUUACUACUGGAUUGAUAGGUCUAUAUUUUCUAGUGCAUUUCUCUCCACAUUUAACUUAGUAAAUAGAUUCAUUUAUUAAUAGAGAAGAAAGAAAAAUUGUUUAUAGAAUACCAAAAUACCCUCAUCAUAUUGCAGAGUUAUUAAAUGUUACUAAUAGAUACACAGAAAAUAAUUAAUUCUAUGUUUUAUUUGCAUUCAUCUACUUUUAUAUUUUUAUGCAAAGUUUUGCAAUCCCAGGACCUGUAUUUUUAAGUUUAUUAUCUGGUAAUAGAAUUAUUUAAUUACAAAAAGGAUGAUUGUUUGGUCCAAUACCAGCAUUUCUAUUGGUUUGUUUGUGUGCUACAACUGGUGCUAGUUUAUGUUAUGGAUAAUCCUAUUCAUUAGCAAGAUGACUAGUGCUUAAUAGGUUUCCAAAAUUAAAUUGUGAAUUUCAACAAAAAGAUUCAUAAGAAUAGAGAUAAUCUAUUUUUUUGUAUGUUAUUUUUGAGAUUAACUCCAUUAAUUCCUAAUGUUUCAAUUAAUGUAUCUGGCCCUAUAGUUGGUCUUCCGUUUAAAUAUUUCUUUUUUGGUACUUUAUUUGGUAAUUUAUCAUAUUAAAAAAACUUAUAAUAGGAUUAAUGCUAGGAAAUACUAUUCAUAUUAGAACAGGAUUAUUGAUUUAAGAACUUAAUGAUUUCUCUACAAGUUAUUAAGUAAGUUAUUCAAUACAUUAAUUCACAAGGCUUUAUUGACUCUAAUAGGAUUGUCUUUAGUUGCUCUUUUACAAACAUUAUUUAAAAAGAAAUUAUAAGAAUUAGAUGA